AUGAAGAAGUAUGAAAGCUCUGGAGUCGAGCACACAGACAACAUGAAGAUAGCUAUAAUCCCAUUGGUAUUAUCUCUUUUGCUGAUAAAUGUAGACGCCCAAUACAGACGGUCCUUAAUACGACAUCUAACACCAAAUAUACACCCACUAUUAGCACAAAUGGUCAAUCCGGGUGUUAGGCCCAGAAUUUGUUACAUUCAGCGAGUUCCUGUUUAUAUUCCGGUUCCAGUACCCGUAAGGUCGAUGGCCCCAGUUCGACGAACAUCACAGACAAUAGUAUCAAGGGGUCGCUUUAUGGACCGAUUACCAAAAUUGGCUGCUCGGAAGAAUAGCCAACCUAAAGUUGAACAAAAAAACCCUGUACAACCAAAUAUAUACACGAUGACAACACCACCCACUUAUAUAAAAAGAAUAGAACAGAAAAAGGUUGAAGACAAUGACGAAGACGUCGAAGCUGCGAAAGAAUCAAAGCUUACGGAUAAAAUAACAGAAAAGAUGGUAGUGUAUGGUGGUAUUUUUGAUGAUGAUGAUGAUGACCCGAGUAACUCUAAUUAUAAACAAGAAAUGAAAAAAUAUGUCAAGAAUUUAAAUUACAUCAAUGAUAAUGCUAAGGAAUUUGGUGGUUAUGAGAUGGUACCUGUUGGUAAAAACAUCAAUUAUGAUAUUGGAAAGGAUAAAAGCAGGGGUGAUAGUGCUGGCUAUAACCCAGUUCCACAAAAAUCUUAUCGAAUAAUAAAUGUAUUGCCUAAUGCUAACACUCAAAGGGUUCUUUCAAGUAUUAUAUCCGUGAAUGACAAUGAUUUCAAUGAACAAUCUCUAAAUGAUGAUGAAAAUAGCGAUGAUGAUAGUAAUGCAGGUGUUAUUAUAAACAGGUCUCAAAAUGAUUUGAUUGGUAAGGUCACUGUUGAUAAUAGUAAUACCAGUGCUUCUUAUGAUAGUAUAGAUGAACAUAGUAAUGCUGGUGAUAAAUCUGAUGGUGAUAGUGCUGAUGGUGAUAGUUCUAAUAAAGACAGCGGUUCAGAUGAAAGCGAUGACGAUGAUAGUGCUGAUGAAGAUAGCGGUGAUCUGGAAAAUGCACCUAUCGAUAUAGACAGUGGUGUUGAUGAUAGCAUUGAUGAAGAUAGUGGUACUGAUAAUAGUGCUGAUGAUGAGAAUACUGAUGUAGACAGCGGUACUGAUUUCGAUAGUGAUAGUGCUGAUGAAGACAGUGGUUCAAAUGAAAGUGCUGAAGAGGAUAGGUUUAAUGAUGAACACCGUGCUGCUAAUGAUAGUGCUGCUAAUGAGAGUACUGAUAUAGACAGAGAUACUGGUGAUAGUGCGGAGGAUACUACUUCUGAUGACAAUACACAAGAUUUUGACGAUGAACCAAAUCAAAUGGAUGAUACAGCUACAUUCAAUAGAAUGAUGUCUACGUGGGUAAAUAGCAAUUAUGAUAGUAAAUUUGGCAAUAGAGAAAGUAAUGAAUUAUCAGAUUCAAUAGAGGCAUAUGAAGGUGAUUCUAAUCCUUCAAAUUUGGUGUCAAAAACAAAUUAUAUAGAUGAUGACAAAAUAAAUAGACUAUAUACAGCCUACCCACCAGUAUAUACUAAACUAGAAAAUAUUCCAGACAGUCUAUCAAGAGUAGGCAUCAGUAUGUUAGGGGGAAAUCCUGAUAUAGAUAAAUCAGAAAUAAUUCUCAUUCCGAGAAAUAGUGGGCCUGUUUUUACAACUAAAAACAAGAACAUUAAUCUCAUGCAAACUUUUGAUCAGGAAAGUGUUAAUAAUGAUAUUGGAAAUGAUAAAAAAGUUAAAGCAGUAAAUUCUGCGAAUGAAAAUGAUGAUGAUAAUGUAGAAAACGGGGUUGAUAAAAGUAAUAGCGUGGAAAACAGGGGUGAUAAAAGUAAAAGCCUAGAAAACGGGGCUGUUAGAAGUGAUAGCGCAGAGGAAGGUGAUGAUAAAAGUUACAGUAUAGAAAGAGGUGGGUAUAAAAGUGAUGUUGUAGAAAAAGGUGAUUACAAAAGUGAUAGUGAAGAAAAUGAAGAUAGAAUUGGUAGAGUAGAAGAGGAUGUUGGUAAAAGUGAUAGCGUAGAGAAAGAUGAUGAUAAGAAUUAUAGUGUAGAGGAAGAUGGCGAUAAAAGUGAUAGCGGAGAGGAAGAUGAUGAUAAAAAUGAUAGAGUGGAGGAAGAUGAUUUUAAAAGUGAUAGGGUAGGGAAAGGUAAUGAUAAAAAUGGAAGUUUAGAGGAGGAGGAUGAUAAAAGUAAUAGCAUAGAGAAAGAUGGUGAUAAAAGUGUACAGAAAGAUGAAUAUAACAGUGAUAGCUUAAAGGAAGGUGAUAAUAAAAGUGAUAAUGAAGAAAAUGAAGAUAGAAUUGAUAGCGCAGGGCAAGGUGGUGAUAAAAGUGAUAGCUUAGACGAAGAUGAUUAUAAAAGUGAUAGCGGAGAGUCUGGUGAUGAUAAGAGUGAUAGCGUAGAGUCGGGGGAUGAUAAAAAAAGUGGCAGUGUAGAGGAAGAUGGUGAUAAAAGUGAUAGCGUAGCGGAAGGUGAUAAUAAAAGUGAUAGCACAGAAAAGGGUAAUUAUGAAAAUGAUAGCGUAAAGGAAGGUGUUGAUAUCAAUAAUAGCGUAGAGGAAGGGGAAAAUGAGAAAAACAGGACUUUGCAUGGAAGAGAAUAUAACCGAAUAGUACCUACGUAUAUAUCUAAGACUGAUUCGGACAAUGGACCCGGUGUUGAUAUUGACAAUGAAAUGAUCUCUAACUGGCUUUUGGAACAUUUACAACCUAAGGACAACUAUCCUGGAGAUGCUGGUGUACAUAACAGACUAAUUAAUAUAUUAAAACCAAUCAGUGUAAAUAACAACAUUAAUUCAAACCAGUAUAAUAUUGACAAUGAUGAUAUUGACACUGAUGAUGUAGAAAUCAGGACAUUUAAGCGACCACUCAUAAAUAUACUAGGUUUACAGCGUUAUCGUGGUAUUGUGCUUGGUAAUAAUCAGAACAAUCAAAUUGCUGGAGAACGUGAAAAUGGUAAAUCUUUCGAAAAUAAUGGCACUUUUGGUGACAGUGAGAAGGGAAACACCAGAAGAGAUAAUGAACAAGGUGACGAUUCAAGAGAUAAUGUGACUGGAAAAAGAGAUAAUGCGGUAUUAGGUGAUACAUCAGAAAGUAUACGAUCAAAAGGUAAGGACAAUUCAAGAGAUAAUGUGUCUUCUGAGAAGUUAAAGGUUAAAUACUACCAAAGAAAUACUUCAAAAGGAAACGAUGAAAGAGAUGAUUUUACAAAUGACGAUUCGAAAGUGGAAACUGAUGCUCAGGAUACAGGAAAUAAACAGGUAGAGGAUAAUGGAUACACUGCCAAUUCAAAAGAUAAUGUGAAAAUUGAUAAUUCAAUGGAUGAUAUGAAUGAUAAUGUAAAGAGUAAUGCUAGGUCCUACAGUUCUAAUGACACCGUAAAAUCCAACAGGACUCUUAACUCAAAAGAAAAUAAGGUGACAGGAGGUAACAGGUUACCAAAGCAAUACGUCGAUUCAAAGGAUUUACCUAUUCAAUUGACCCGCUCCCAGUUUGAAGAACUAAUGAAAAAAUUCAAUGCAAUGAACACAAAGAGGAAUACUAUCCCAAGACGGAAACAGGUCGACAUGGAGGAAAAUGAACGAGUCGAUGAAAUGAAUUAUUCAGAAAAUAAUUAUUUGGGUAAUAAUUUCCAUAGGUAUUCAAAUUUGUUUAAUGAAGAAGGCUUCGAAUUUGACCUCUCGUAUGACCAAAGAAAACCAGAUAAAAAGGUAAAUAAUACUGGACCUUCCAGAGGACUGAAAUCUUCCCCAACUGCGUUUAUGGAUAUCAAGAAUAAAAAUAUGAAAACUAUUGGAAUUUCAUACAUUUUGCCACAUGAUCAUUCCACAAACAGUAAUACAAAUGAACUUUAUGACAUGACGGUAAAAUCAAGAGCAAAAGAUAUGAAUGUCACGAAAAAGAAAAAGAACUUCCUAAAUGUGGCAAAGUUAAGAAGCAAAUUAUAUACUUCUACAGCUCCAACUGUAGUAGAAAUUCCAGAAGUAAAACCAACACAACUCAUCUAUAGAACGACAUCCGCUAUUAAUGUACUACCCAGUGUUCCAACAACCAGGAUGGUGCGGUAUAGUACAGAUCACAAUACACAUCUUGGUGUGAGGUCGAAAAUAGAUGGUAGGUAUCUUCAAUACUCUGGAUGA